CAUAAUCUACGAACUAAGCUUUAGACCGCAACAAAGCCAAGCUGCGCAUCUCAUAUAUAUCUUGUCAAAAGAGCGCUCUUGAUUUUAAUUACAUUGCAAAUUCUCUUGUUCUUCUUCAAUCAGUGCUUCAAUGCCUCCUCUCAAGACUCAAUUGCGAGUCCGCAGCUAUUCUCCGACAUAUCAACAUGCCAUCAGUCCCCGGGCUUUUCAAUUAAGAUGCCGGCGCUUCCAAUCAACAGAGACUUCCAAGGAUGAGAAAUCCGCCCUAGAGCCAAUGCGACGUGUAGAGCAGCCGUCUUCGCCUCCUCCGCAAGAUCACAAUCUCCUUCUCAUGCGAAUACAAGCUGCCCAACGUGCAGCGCAGAAACGGAAAUUCGAAACACCUUCUCAGGCAGGGAAACUGAAGAACGGAAAGGAGGAUGCCUCAUUUCAUCCAGCCUUCGCAGGCUUUGUUGCGGGAUUGAUGGUUGCGUUUGGAUUGUCGUACACGUUGUAUCAUUUCAGCGGAAGCUAUCAUGUUCAAAAGGCGAGCCAGAAAUUGAAUAAGGAACUUAGCGAAAAGCAGAAACGUAUCGCUGCUGCGGCAGACGCCUUAAACCCGGAUGAUGACGGAAUCACUGUCCAAGAGGUCACAACCUGGCUGCGUCGCGCUUCCCAGUACUAUUCCACAUUUCAUCCUAGCUCCGACCGCUUUGUGGAAGCCAGAGACCGGGAGAUAGUCAAAGGCUUGUCCCAAGGUGCAGAAAAAGCAAAAGAAAUUGAAAGAAUUGCCAAAGACUGCGCCUCGGAGCUGGAGAAGGAGGUCGGCCCUAGGAAUGCUGCACAGAAUAUCAUCAGUGGCUUGGUAACAGGCCGUACUGGCUGGUACAUCAUCAUGAAGCAUCUAGGAAGGAUAGAGGAGGCAGUAGAAGGGAAGGAAUAUGCAGAAAAACGACGUCAGCGAGCAGCAAAGGGUAUACUUGAUGAAUGAAAAAAACUGUUCCACGCCUUGAGAUGCGCAGAUGUUUUCUCGUACUGAGCGUAAUGAGCUGCAAUAUAGAAUCCGUUGCUAAUAUCUAGAUUUCACAUUGUGGAUGAACUCGAUAAUGUGCUCAACGUAUGGAAGGCUGGUUAUUGAAGACAAAUCUCCAGUUACCAAGCGAAGCUCAUGUGAACAGAUGGGAAAAAGAGCAGACUGCAUCAACUCCUGAACGUAGUGCGAACUAAAUCGCUCCAAUUUGUAGACACUUCCCAUCCUUCUAGGCAUAAUAAAUGCAGAAAACAAC